UCUGCAGGAGGACAGGGACAGCAACAGAUGGACAGACGGCUCCUGCAAGCAGCCACAUCCGGUGAUUCCAUAUCAAUGAAGGAGACGGCCUCGCGAGAUCCAAGCAUUCUUCUUGGAACAACUCCAGCUGGGAACACCUGCCUUCACAUAUCCACCAUACAUGGCCACCAGGCAUUUUGCACGGAUGUGGUGGCUCUGGAGGAGUCUCUCCUCGCCGCAGUAAACUUGGAUGGAGAGACGCCACUUGUCACAGCAGUGAAAAGUGGCUGCGUCUCCCUGGCUUCCGUUCUCCUUCGAUGCUACCAGGAACGGCAAUCGAGUGAGACAAUCUUGAAGCAGGACAUUGAUGGCUGCAAUGCGCUGCACCAUGCCAUUCGCAGCGGCCACAGGGAGCUUGCGCUGAAGCUCAUAGAAACAGAGCCGGCUUUGUCGACACAUGUGAACAGAAUGAACAAGUCACCCAUGUAUAUCGCGGCGAUGAGGGGUUUUACUGAUAUUUCAGAGGAACUGCUUGAAAUACCUAGCUCUGCUCAUACGGGAGCAAGCGGCAGCAACGCUCUGCAUGCUGCUGUAAUAAAUGGGAACGCAGGUUUGGCUAAAAAAAUUAUGGAAACAAGUCCUCGGCUGGCUAGAGAACAUGACAACGUGGGAGCUACUCCACUAAGUGCAGCUGUAUAUCGUGACCAGAUUGGCGUGGUACGAGUAUUGCUGGAACAUGAUUCCUCUUUAGGGUAUGAUGAGGUGCAACGUGACGGUUUGCCUCUCCUUAGUGAAGCUGCAGGUGGAGGUCAUAUCGAUGUUGCUCAAGAGCUUCUUAACCACUGUCCUGAUGCUCCUUACCGUGGAACGCAAGCUCCAUGUUGGACAUCCCUUCAUACAGCUGUGUGGCGAGAUCAGGUGGAGUUCACCAAAUUCAUAUUGAGGACCCCACAACUUCGCAAACUCAUUAACAUACAAGAUGUGCACGGGAAAACUGCUCUGCAUCUCGCAGUACAGAAGUGCAAUCCUAAAAUGGUUGCUGCUUUGCUGUCUCACCAAGAUAUAGACACAACAGUGCUCGAUAAAAGGGGUAUCCCACCAGCUGGGGGAUUAGUUCACGUCAUGGAUCAGGCCAAGACUUUAAACUGGAAUGAAGUGAAUAUGCUUAUGCUGGCAGCUAAUCCUAGAGAUGUCAAUAAUCGUCACACGCAUACCAAAGGAUGGAUGGCCAAUGCAUCAAGGAAGGAAGUGAAAUCACUAACUCAGACAUACACAAGCAACACUUCAUUAGUGGCGAUUCUCAUUGCGACAAUAACCUUCGCCGCCGCCUUCACCCUGCCUGGAGGAUACAACAAUGAUGCUGGAAGCGAGGGCCUUCCUAUCAUGUCAAAGAAGUUUGCGUUUCAGGCUUUCUUGAUCUCCGACGUCUUAGCAAUGUGCUCCUCUUUUGCCGUAGCCUUCAUAUGCAUCAUAGCAAGGUGGGGGGAUUACGAGUUCUUGAUUUAUUACAGAUCGGUCACUAAGAAGAUCAUGUGGUUUGCAUACAUGGCAACUACUACGGCCUUUUCAACUGGUUUAUACACAGUGCUUGCUCCACGUGUGCACUGGCUGGCAAUUGCAAUUUGCAUCAUGGUGGCUUUGUUGCCCAUUCUCACUAAGCUGCUGGGCGAAUGGCCGGUUUUGAAGCUCAGGUUUCGGCUGGGUAAAACUUUCAACUCCAAUCUCCUUAGCAUGGUGUGA